GCAACUCUAACGGAUGCGUAACACAUAGUAAUUUCGCAUAACUUUAUUCCUUAUUAUCAAAACGCGCGUUUUGUUUUUGUUUCUUGAGGACUGGACAAGGAAAGUUUCAUAUCUGACAAGGAAUACCUGCCAGCGCCGAACGCAACGGGCACUCGCACAUCGUCCGCAAACUGUCACACCUUCGUCCCUCAAGAGUGCAUUGAGGAGAUUGGAUCUGCUUUCGGACUGCAUUUUCUUGUUUGUUGCGUUAUUUUGGGGGUAAGGGACAAGUCCCUAGAAGUACGUACAUGCUAUUUUUUCUUUACAAAAUGAGUGUGGAUCUGUGAUCUCUAGAUCUUCUUAGUAGGGUUGUGCGGAUCAUCUGUGAAGUAGUUUUUUAGUUCCUGUAGACUGUGUUGUUUCCUCUCUUUCCUCUUUGUUGGAUAGCCUACUGGAAUUUCAAUAAGACUGAGUCGCUUUCUCUCCUCUCGCCCAAUGAAACCAACUCACGGAUGGUAAGGAUUCCAGAGAAUGGUAAAUGAUCGAUGGAAAAUCAUGAACAGUGUUUCAGAACUCGAGGAUGGACAGCAGCAUAAAUCGCAGAGGAUGAGCUGUAGCUAUCUCUUAUGCACCAUCCUGCUAUUUGUUGCCGUGUUACUGGCUGUCACGGUAACCGGGAUCAUCCUUCUUAUGAACCAUUACCAAGCGCCCACUGGCCCUGACGGUCCCCCUCUCAUCAGCACCAACCAGGAUGAGGGUAAUGCCUUGGUUACCAUCGAGAGAGGCGACGGCUCUCACAUCAACAUCUUUAUUGACCCUAACUGCCCCGACUACAACAAUAACUUCCUGCGUCUGGAGGGGGUGCAGACCUCUCUGCUGCACACUCUCACUGACCAUGACACUGAUCUGAAGUCAGUGAAAGGGCAGGACCGGGCACUACUAGUUAAACUUGCUGAGGAAGUGGCCAAGCUUUCUGCUCACGCCAGCCAACUGAAGAUGGAGUACAACGCACUGAGACAGGGCCAGAGCAAUAUCGGACAGGAGCUUGGCACUCUGCAGGCCGAACAGGGCAGACUCAUUCAGCUGCUGUCCGAGAGUCAGAUCAACAUGGUGAAGGUGGUGAAUUCAGUGAGCGAUGCACUCAGCUCCAUGCAGAAGGAAACAGGAAACAUCAAGAGCCGUCUCAAGGCAGAUCUGCAAAGGGCUCCGGUGCGCAGUGUCCGACCCAAGGGCUGUGCUGGUGGUGAAGCAGGUUCCAGACCCAGAGACUGCAGUGACAUCUAUGCCAGCGGACAAAGAGAGGACGGUAUCUACUCUGUGUUCCCUAUACAUUACCCAGCAGGCUUUCAGGUCUUCUGUGACAUGACUACUGAUGGGGGCGGAUGGACGGUGAUUCAACGCAGAGAAGAUGGCUCUGUUAACUUUUUUCGCGACUGGGAAGCAUACCGUGAGGGAUUUGGCAAGAUAACAGGAGAACAUUGGCUCGGCAUGAAACGAAUCCAUGCACUUACCAUUCAAGCCAACUACGAGCUGAGAAUUGACCUGGAGGACUUUGAGAACAGUACCUCAUUUGCACAGUAUGGAUCUUUUGGAGUGGGGUUGUUUUCGGUUGAUCCAGAUGAGGAUGGUUACCCACUGAGCAUCACUGACUACUCUGGCACUGCAGGCGACUCGUUGCUCAAACACAACGGGAUGAAAUUCACCACUAAGGACAAGGACAACGACCACUCUGAGAAUAACUGUGCAUCCUUCUACCACGGAGCCUGGUGGUACCGUAACUGCCACACCUCAAACCUCAACGGAGAGUACCUUCGCGGCCAGCACACCUCUUACGCUGAUGGCAUCGAAUGGUCAUCCUGGACGGGGUGGCAGUACUCGCUGAAGUUCACAGAGAUGAAGAUCAGGCCCACCAAGGAAGAGAAUAAAUGAGCAUGAACUAGAAAACUCACCUAGAAGAACAAAAAGGAACUCAAAGAUGGCUGUAGGUGGUAGAGACACUCAAUGCAGAAACGCAAGAACUUUUUAACUUCUCUUUUGUCAUGAUUCUGUUCGUAUUCCUCUUUCCUUGUUUCCUGACCAUCGUGUAGUGUUUGUGCUAAUGCCCAGUGGGCUGCUGUUUUUCUCUUGAUCUAUUGUUCACAUCUCUGAAUAUUAUAACAAAAUAUUGCAGGUAUUGUCAAAAACAGUGGUUCUCAACUGGUGGGUCGCAUGUCUGUUCUGAUAGGGUCACCUACAGCAGGGAAAAACAAUGCUAAAUGCAAAUUAUAAAAUGCAACUAACCAUAUAAUUGUGCAUAGUUAGGAUAGUAAAAUAAAUAAGCUUUUCAACUUUUAAAAGGGAGAAGAAAAUGCUUCCCAUAUCUUUUGUUGUUGAUGUCAAAGGCCAAGCAUCCAAUCAAACUCUGUUUUGACUUAAAUUCACAGUUCACUUGGUAGAAUCUAGCCAAAUUAGACAGCUGUCAACAUGGACAGGUUAUCUGACAAGCUACCCAAGAUGUAGGUUCCCUUGCAGUGAGGAUAAACAUGGUAUGUGACGAACACAAUGUGAUUUGUACUGUGAAUUAUUGGCUGCCGAGAGCAUGAAACCAUCGUUAUUAAAUUGACAUUUGAAUCCAAAAUUAUCAAGAUUCCUAUUCAGUCUUUAAUGAUAAGUCACGUUAAUGAUUUUUCAUAUUGUUGUUCCUAUUAUUUCUUCACGGUAAUAUUAAUACAUUUCAAAGUUUGAUUUUAAGGAAUUUUUUGUUUACUUUUGUAUGACAAUUUUGCUACAGUGUUGGGUCUUGUAAAACCUGGGUCCUGAAGCAAAACCAGUUGAGAACCACUGUUCUGAAAAGUACUAAUUAAUAAAUAAAUAGUUGUUGUCUAAAAAAACAAAACAAAACAAAAUGUAAAAAAAAAAUCUGUAGCUGUGAAAUCUAGCAAGAACAUGUAGCUUUUCAUAACAAUGAAGACUUUGAACUCCUCUCUAACAAGUUCCUUUGGAUUAUCUGACAGAGAGUCUGGUUGUCCUAUGUUAUUUUUGUUCAGAACUUAAUCAGUUACUUGUAGCUAAACAUGACAAAGUUGCAUUUGUGUGUCCACCCAAUGUUGUAAUAUCUGGGAGGUAACUAGGUUUCCCACAUGUCAAGUAAAUAUGUUAUUGACCACCAGGAAAGCACAAACAGAAUAUGUGUCACAGAGAUGGCUUUCUGAGUGAUGGGCCAAUACAGACACAUUAUUCACCCUGACAGGUCAGUUGCACUAGGGCGUACCAGUCAUUGGAAGCUUUAUCAAUGGAGAAGCUGAUCUUGCUUCAAAGAACCCUGGUGUUACUGUCGGUUAUCAGAGUGUUGUGGAUUUUAUCUGGUGCUUUGGACAGUAUUCAUGGCACAAUAGGUCAGUUUUGGCCUGAAAUGAAAAUGAGAUGGAUUGACGAAGCUUAGAGGGAUAGUUCACACAAAAAUGACAAUAAUGUCAUCAUUUGCAUCAUCUUUAAGGUUUGGCUCUUGGGGAAGAUCUCGGAACUGAACUUGGGUUCAACCAUUUCUGUUGUUGAGCAGACUUUCAAUACUACAUAUUUUAAUUGUGAUACAUAAAUCAGAUUGUCCUGUGGGUCAUUUGGUAACUUUUUUUUUUUUUUCUUCUAUCAAAGUAUGAUCAUGUAUUAUUUGUCAUUUGUUUAGGAUAAAUGGGUGAAUAUCUCCAAAUCUGGAAAUUUGUUAAAGAAAUAGUUCACCCACAAAUAAAAAUUCUGUAAUUUUUUACUCACCUUCAUGUUUUUUUCAUGUCAUUAUGAGCGACACCAGAACCAAUGGCAAUAGACAUGGAUGUCGAACCUACAUCAACUUGAAUAUGUGGAAGCGUGAAUAAGAUUUGAGAGAACAACUUAAAUUUUGGUCUGUUCUUCGCACAAAGCUAUUGGAUUCAUAAAACUUUGAAUAUUGUGUGGUAUAGACUACAUUUAGUGUUUUUUGUCCUUUUUGGAGCUUGACAACCAUGGUUACUAUGAACUGUCAUUGUAUGGAAAAGAGCUGUGUGAAGAUCAAAAUGUCUACUUUUAUAUUCUAUUGAAGGAAGAAAGUCAAACAGGUUUGGAAUGACAUGAGGGUGAGUCACUGCAAAAUGAAAAGGAAUUUUCAUUUUUUUUGGUGAACUAUUUUUUUAACAGCUGCUGGUUUAAAAGCAUCAACAACACAUAACAACUUUGCUCGUUUCUCUUUUUGUUUGCUUGUUUUCUAUCUAUGCAGACAUUACCCACAAAAUAUCUCUGCUGGAGAUAUGUAAUUUUCAGCAUUGACAUUGUGCAUAAUUUGUCCUUUCCAAACAAUUUACUUACAAUAUCCUUAUUUACUCGUGUUUAUUUUUUUUGCAGCUUUGUAUUAGGUUUGAUAAUUAACACAUUUCUGAACAUUCCAUAUCAACCCUGCUGUUUUAUCUGUAUACAAAUUCCACUUGUCACGUGAGAUCAAAGUUGAUUGACUAAGAUGACGACCACUACAGUAGAUGAACUUGUGUUGCAUCGUUUAGAAUGUGAAAAUCAGUUUCAUAACUUUGUUUGUAUCUUUAUAUUUGUUGUGAUUGUACAUUGAUUAUUCUGUCAAAGAUGAACAUUGUCUGCACUUUAAAAAACAAAACAAAAUGUCUUUUCCGUUUUAAAAAGUUUUACAAUCACUUUUAUAUCAAUAUAGGUAGGAUUUUAAAAGAAAUAGUUUUAUGUAUCGAAGGAUAUAUCCCUCAGAUUAUUUUGAGAAUGGAAAGGCUUUCGAAAUCGACCAGCUUUAUUGUAGAAAAUGUUUAUCUUACUUACAGUAUAUACUGAAAUGCAAACCCCUUCUGAAAAAACACUUUACCGAAAGUCAAAGGAAGUCAAAACUACAACAGAAUGAGCAAAUGUAACAGUACCAUCAAAAGUAUAGCGCUGCUCAACCAAGCUUUUGAUCAAGAUUGUGGCAUUAUCUCGCUCAUUGAAGAGAACCACAGGCUUUGCAGAGCAAAGGCAUUUCUGUGAGGUGAAAUUGUGAUGAACGGCACUCUGUUGAAUGAGUUUCACAGUCAAUUCCCUAGACGAACCGUAGGAGGGAUUUCAUUGCUACAGUUGUCCUGAUAUACUAGCAUGCACAUUUAAAACAAAGGGAAAUGCAAAUAAAAUACAUCAUCACACCUGA